GAGUUCAGAGCACUGAUAGCACUGACACAUACACUGCAAUACAGCCAUUGAUUACACAUUGAAUGCUUACAAACAUAACAAACAAUCAGUUCAUCGGGUCUGAUCCAUGACAUGAACUUUUUUGACAACUUUGUCAAACAAAAGUAUUGCAUUUACCAUAAGUUUGGUGUCAUUUUAAAUAUAAGUUUUGGAUUAAUAAAUGCUUUGAACAGAUAAUUAUCACUUUAGUCAUCAGUGAUAUCACAUUCACUGUCAUCUACAACAACAACAACCCCAACCUUAAUAUGUGUUUUCAUUUUAGACAACAAUUAAAACUUAACUGUGAUUUAGUCUCUAUUUUAUCGCAACGACAAAGACAUUGAUAUUUGAGGAAUUUGUUGAAUUGGUGACACUUGAAGACAGAAUGGAAACUGAUUUGAUGAAGUAUGGAGAGAAGGUUGAAGAAUAUUACAGACAUGUCAUUCAAUCGACAACAAGAGAUGAGGCAUUGUCUCCAUUGAUGAAUACGACACUAUUGUACGACAACUACAAUAUAUCAAUAUUUGCCAAAUUGUUGCACUCAUUGCCACACAUUGAUAUCCGACUCAAUUAUCUGCAAAACAAGACAUUUAAUCCAAAUGACAAUCAAUACUUGGAAUCGUUAGGCAUUUUGGUUGCCAUUCCUGGCUUUUGGCUAAUCAUAACAUUACUAUUCUUUCUGAUAUUUUUUUUGUGCCGAUGUUGUGACGCCAACAACAAGAAGAAGCGCAAACUUACGGCUUGCAAAUGCUGUCUCUUCAUGUUUGCUAUCAUUUCGGCAUUUAUUAUAUUCAUUGGGAUAUUUGGCAGUCUUAUCACACAUCAUGGCAUUGAACAGACUUACAACAAGACCGAUGAUAUGACACAAGUGGUCAGAUCUGUCAUUGACAGAUCAAUUGCGGCCAAAAAUCUUCUUAACAAUAAUUUUGACAAACUUUACGAUGAGCUCAAAGCAGUUGUUGACAGAGUAUCAUCUGAUCUGACAGUCAAAGGACAUAUCCAUACGCUUGUAAUUAAUGGUAAAAGAAAUGUCUCUCAAAUUGAAAGAAAUUUUGAUAAAAUUUAUGUAAGAGUCGAAAAUCUUAAUAUCAGCUCAAUUCCCGAUCAUCUGAAACAAUUAGAGACAGUCCGAUGGCCGACCACUUUUGCUACGUUAGGUGUUCUCACCUUUAUUUGUUUGAUACUCAUAUGGGGUGUGUGUCGGCAUUCGCGUUGUCUACUGAUCCUGUUUUCAGUACUGGGAUUGCUGUCACUUGUGGUUUGUUGGGUCAUUACAUCCAUUUAUUUAGGAAUAUCAGUGGCCGGAAGUGAUUUCUGUUUAGAUCCGCAACCGUUUAUUAGUCAACAAUUGAAUAAUGCAAUCGAAGAGAAAGUAUUUGAUUAUUAUAUCUUAUGUAAAGACAAUAAUCCGUUUCGACAUUUUUUACAAGAAAUAAGUGAAUGCAUAGAAAUGAUGGUUUUAGCAAAUGAUAAUAUGAUUAGCUAUUGUAGCAAAAAGUGUACUCAACGGGAAAUUACCGAUAAAUUGUAUCAAUUUAAACGAGAUGUCGACAAACUUAAAGAUCACUAUAAUUCUGUCAGAGAGUUAACUGAUUGCAGUCGUAUUCAUAGUGAUUACAAUGCAAUGAUGACCUCCACCUGUAAAGAUAUACUCGAAGGGGUUGUCCUAAUGUUAUUGUCUUCAUCAGCUGCUGGCCUGUGUUUUACAAUACUGGUUCUUUGCGCUUCUCAUACAUGGAUUAAUAUACGAAAGAAGCGGCCACUGAUUGUCGAUCAAACGGAAGAGACUGAUCCAUUCCUGCCUCCGGCAUCCUCGACAUCGACUACAUCGUCGUCGGCUAAUUCAAAGCGUAUUCGUGAUUCAUAUGGAAGUGGUGGCAGUGCUAGACCGAGAUUCAGUCAUACUCCCCCACAAACCCCUCAUUUUCCUCCGCCAACUGCAACCCCUCCCGCCAACGGACGCACCAUUAAUCGUGACGAUCACCUGUCGUUCUUGAGUCCUCCGCCAGCCUAUGAACAGGUUCAUCACAAUCAGUUAGGUCAUCACAACCAAAUGGGACACAACCAGUUAGUUGGUCAACACCAACAAUUAGGUCACCCACAGAUGACACACCCCUCACAAUUUGGUCAUCCAAUACAUCAACAACAACAACACCAUCAAGCGAUUGGCCACAACUAUGUUGCUGAUACAGAUUUAAUGCUGAGGGCCACACAGGCAACUAAGUUUUAAAGAUAUUUUUCAUACAAACGCCCGGUGCUGUUCAUCACAUGAAUCUCUAAAAGCCAAUCACAAUAAUUCAAAAAAAAAAUCUGUUUAACACAUGACUACUAUACUAACUAGUGUUUUACAUUUCAUUUGCAUCUCAUAUUAUGAGAGUAACUAUUGAUCUCUUAUUCAAAUUUCCAGUUAAUUUAUACAAAUUUUCAAUUGCUAUACAUUCUAUAAUA